AGAUGCCCGGACCGCAAGGCAGCACCGUCUUGAGAGGGAGAUGACUUGAGUGGCUGGCUUUUGUCUCCACGACAAUGUCCACGAACAGUUCCAAACAGCCAGUGCCUCCUGCAGCUGGACCCCUUUCCAACACAACCUGCCAGACGGAAAACCGGCUUUCAGUGUUUUUUUCCAUCAUCUUCAUGACAGUGGGAAUCUUGUCCAACAGCCUUGCCAUUGCCAUUCUCAUGAAGGCAUACCAGAGAUUCAGACAGAAGUCCAAGGCGUCGUUUCUGCUUUUGGCGAGCGGCCUCGUGAUCACAGACUUCUUUGGCCACCUCAUCAAUGGGACCAUAGCCGUCUUUGUCUAUGCUUCCGAUAAAGACUGGAUCCGCUUUGACCAGUCCAACGUCCUUUGCAGUAUUUUUGGUAUCUGCAUGGUGUUCUCCGGCCUGUGCCCACUUUUUCUAGGCAGUGUGAUGGCCAUUGAGCGGUGCAUCGGAGUCACCAAACCAAUAUUUCAUUCGACGAAAAUCACCUCCAAACAUGUGAAAAUGAUGCUGAGUGGCGUGUGCCUGUUUGCUGUUUUUAUAGCUCUGCUGCCCAUCCUUGGACAUCGAGAUUAUAAAAUCCAGGCGUCGAGGACCUGGUGUUUCUACAACACAGAACACAUCAGAGACUGGGAAGACAGAUUUUAUCUUCUACUUUUUUCUUUUCUGGGACUCUUGGCCCUAGGUGUUUCAUUCCUGUGCAAUGCCAUCACAGGAAUUAUACUUCUAAGAGUUAAAUUUAAAAGCCAGCAGCACAGACAAGGCAGGUCCCACCACUUGGAGAUGGUCAUCCAGCUCCUAGCCAUCAUGUGUGUCUCCUGUGUUUGCUGGAGUCCAUUUCUGGGAUACAGAAUCAUUUUAAAUUGGGAAGAGAAGUAUAAAGUAUACAAAAGGUAAAAUGAUUUCUUAUGUAGGUGACAAUGGCCAACAUUGGAAUAAAUGGAAAUCAUUCUCUUGAAACCUGUGAGACAACACUUUUUGCGCUCCGCAUGGCAACCUGGAAUCAAAUCUUGGAUCCCUGGGUGUAUAUUCUUCUACGGAAAGCUGUCCUUAAGAAUCUCUACAAGCUUGCUAGACGCUGUUGUGGAGUGCAUGUCAUCAGCCUGCAUAUUUGGGAGCUUAGCUCCAUUAAAAAUUCCUUGAAGGUUGCUGCGAUUUCAGAAUCACCAGUUGCAGAGAAAAUAAAUCAGCAAGCACCUAGUUUCACAGGGCAUUAAGUCAGUGUAGGGCUAGGACAAAACUAAGAAAUGUGUGGCAAGGUUUCGGUUCAUUAGAUACAUACAUAUAGCCUAACUGGAAGAUUCAGACCUCAUCAUGUAGUUUGGGGGAGACUUCUGUCAGAUUCAGCUUUUGAAAUUUGUCACAUUAACAGUGUGAUUGUA